AUGUCCGAUAGCUCUCGGUUGCCCACCCGAGGCAGUUCCUCCCCAGCUCCCCCCCCUCCUCCUCCGCCCGCCCCCGUGCAACAAAGCAAAUAUUCCAAUCGCGCGGCCAGUGCUCUAGCAAGAUUUGCCCAGCCUUUCUUUUCUGGGUCUCGACCUCCAAGUCCGCAGGCUUCAGGGGGACGUGCAGAUUUAUCUACUGGUCCUCGUUCUAAUAGGCCCAAGUCCUUACCGGGUGCGUCCCAAACGGUCACUCAUAAGACCGGAAUUCCGAUUGCCGCUUUAGAUAUAUCCCCUCAGCGGACACAUGCAGUGGUUGGGGGAAAGGAGAUUUUGAAGACUAUCCGUGUCUCACCCGAUCAUUCUUCCGAGGAAUUCAACCUUCGCAAUGCUAUCAUCGGUUACUCCUCCACUCAGAAUGAUGGUAGCGGACUCUCCGCACGUUACAAAGACCAGCUGACAGUGCGGGAUGUGAAAUGGUCACAUGGCACUUAUGACACAAUUAUUGCCACCGCGGUGGCCAACGGACGCAUUGUUCUCUACGAUCUACAUCGCACUGGCUUGGAAUAUUGCCGGUUUCAGGGGCACAGCCGCCAGGUCCACAAAUUAGCUUUCAAUCCCCAUCGACCGGCAUGGCUUUUGUCUGGCAGUCAGGAUUCCUCUAUUCGAAUGUGGGACUUGCGCAUGGCAUCCACAGGCAAGCCAUCUUCGAGUAAGGCGCUGUAUAAUGGUAACAGCGAUGCAGUCCGGGAUAUCAGGUGGUCUCCAAGCGAUGGGGUUCUGUUUGCAACUGCUACGGACAGUGGUGCAAUACAAUUGUGGGAUUGUCGAAAAACAACUGCUCCUUUGCUGAGGAUCACUGCCCAUGACAAACCCUGCUUCUCAGUAGAUUGGCACCCUGAUGGAAAACACAUCGUCAGCGGUGGAACAGACAGGCAUGUUAAAGUUUGGGAUUUCUCUUCUUCGGCUGAACGUAGGCAGAAACCAACGUUCCAAUUCCGGACACCCCAGGCCGUUGUUAACGUACGAUGGCGUCCGCCGUCCUGGAAUAGUGAACCUGAAGCUUCUGGUGGCUGGCAGUCAACCCAAUUGGUAACAUCCUAUGAUAAAGAAGACCCGCGGAUACACCUAUGGGAUCUUCGGCGGCCUCAUAUACCCUUCCGGGAGUUUGAUCGGUAUGAAUCACAUGCUGCUGAUAUACUUUGGCAUUCAAAAGACCUGUUAUGGACUGCCGGCGAGGCCGGCGCUUUCACCCAGACUGAUAUCCGAUAUGCUACUCAGGUAGUUCAUCAACGGCCGAUGUGCUCCGUAGCCUGGAGCCCGAGCGGGGAAGUGCUAGCUUUUGUUCAGAAGCGUCCAAGGCAAAAUACUGUAGGUCUCAGCACCACGAAAUUUGUGGGUCAUGCAGAAGAAGAGAACAGUAGCGGUGAAGUUUUGAGUCAAAGCCCAGCAGAUGAUCUUCUUGAUGAGCCCUCGUUCAUCUCGGUUAGACACCGACAUACUAAGUCGAGUAGUGGCCGGGCGUCUAAAUCACUAGGUAGCUCUCCUCCAGUUGCGCCCGAAUUCAAUCCGGUUCUAUCACUAGACAAGGUGCUGUCCAAAAACAAGCCUUCCGAACAAUGCCAAUUAGGAGCAAUUGGAAGUAUCCCUGGGACUACAAUGAGUCAAGCAACCUUCCGAUACCUGGCUCGUCAUUAUUCUCCUUUACUCGAAGCCUCUAACGGCACACACCCAGAUCUUCUACGAUCAUUGCUCGAAUCAUUAACCCAGAACGCAGAAUGUGCGGAAGAUGCUUCACUGCUCAAGCUAUCUCAGACAUGGCGUAUAGUAAAGUUUGCUGUUGUUCAAGAACUACAGCUCAAAGCAUGGCAGCAGCACCGGACUCCGGAAAAGGGUCCUCGCGACCCUAGAAAGAGACUUUCAACGCAAGGUCCAGUUCCUGAAAACACGCGAACAUUGGAUGAUGGAAGGCCUGAGAAGAUAAAGAACCGGUUUUUCAAGAGUGUCCUAGAGACGGAAGCGCCCAAACAAAAUCUCGCUGACAUAGAAAACGGUUCGAAUAUGACAACCCCCCUAGCGCAGCCUUUGCGUGACUCCACCAUUAGGUCGUCAGACAGCUCCAACUCACAUAUAUCUUCUCUAAACGACACAACCGAUAUUCAGCCUCUUCCACCAUCACUUCUGAGCUCAAUCCAAGACACCAUGAAUUCAAAUGACUGGUCUUCGAUGUCAGAUGUACAGCCACGUAUCAUUGUCCAACCCCAGCACCGUCAAUCGAACGCAAGCGAAGAUGCACGUUUCCCAGGCGAAAGCCUCUUAUCUGAUCCAAUACAUGAAUCGGUACCCCAGAGCCUUGAAGGCGACCAAAGAUCUGCCCCACGGGCAAUCACCGGGAGAGCGGACUGGCGUGCUCGGAGCCGCACCGAGGCGUCAGAAGUAGACGAGUAUGAUCAGAAGAUAGAGGAUAAACGGGCAGCCAUUCGUGACUACAAGUUGUUCCCUAAAAAGAUCUUGUCGCUCGAGUCUCACGUCGAGUCUGUCAGGGCUCCGGGUUUCCACCGCCACGAGUCGUCAGAAAGUCUUCCCAUGUUCUCAGCAUCCACAGGGAGCUCACAUCCUUCCAAGUCAAUAGGCACAUCGUUAUCGUCAACAGCCAGGCUAUACGAUGUUUCCGAAAGUGAGAACAUCACAGAAAGUCUGAAUAAUGAGGCCUCUCGUAUACCAUUCUCCAGGGCCAGAAGUGACUCAGUUAUAGGCCCACUAACUGUUUCAAACGAAGUACGUCAGGACAAUGGCACUUUGGUUGAGGGUAUUUCGGAUUCGGGCGGUAUUCAUCUUGGACGGCCCUCCAGCCCACUUCUCCUUUUGAAGGAAUCCAGUCCACUACAGACUCCAAGUAUAGAGUUUUGCCAUAAACCUAGUUUUGUCACUUCUGCAAGAGAUGACUCUACUUUUGGAUCUACAUAUGGGGUCGACGAUAACCUCACAGGACUCACUAUUCCCAUACUGUCUGAUGGAACGCUAGACAGCCCUUGGAACUCGGAAGCCUUGCUCAAAGAAGCCAUUAGGCAUUACCACAGCAGUACUUAUGUUGACGCCCAAUCUGCUGCUCAUCUUCUUCAGAAGCUGCGCACUCUCUUCCAAGGAUAUGAGAAUAUACUUUCUCACGAGGAGUGUGAACUCAUCUUCAAAACCUACAAUGAGCACCUUAUGCGUCAGUGCAUGUACAUUGAGGCGGCAGAGCUCCGACUUCUCUGCGUACCAAUGUACCCAGCAGUUUAUGAGUAUGCUCAAAUAGACACUACCAUGAAUGUGUUUUGCUUCACAUGUAAACGCCCAUAUGAAAAUCCCAAGAAUGACAACACGCGUUGUUAUCGCUGCAACACGCCCCAGGAGCUCUGUGCCAUUUGCAUGUGCGUUGAACCACCAGCGGAAUGGGUAGCAGAACAAUCUAUCUCGUCACUACACUCAAAUCACGAGUGGGACUCUGAAACUACCUCACAUGUUCUGUCAUCGUCUCACUCUUCACUCAAAACAGAGCCAAUCCCGCCUUCUGAGCUGCGGCGCUUGGAUCAGACACACCUGGAUCCAUACAAUCCUUCGGCACCAAAAGGAUCCACGCUCUGGACCUGGUGUCAAGGCUGUGGUCAUGGAGGCCAUUUGGCUUGCAUUACCGUGUGGUUAAACGACAUCUCUGUCAGCGAAGGUGGCUGUGCUAGCCCCGGCUGCAUGCAUGACUGCGGCCCUGGACCCCGUCGUGAAUACAAUCGCUCCAUUCUACUAGAGGAAUCCAAAAGGCGAGAUUCAGCUGGUAGGAAAGCUGGUGUAGGAUUCGUCAAACGUGACCCAUGGACCAGAGGGGAGAGCAAAGCUGUUGAGAAGGUUCGAGCGCUGGGCCUAGCGCAUCCUCUAACUUGA